ACCGUCUCAGGAAAAUGACCUCACAAACGUCAACGACCAUUUUCUGUUGUGACUGUAAAUUCACACUUCAGCUUGGAGGGAGGUACAACUCGUUUAAUAACGUUCAUUCAGGACCCAUCGCAAUAUAUAACAUCAUCAGAAAUCGUCUACGAGUAAACCGCCUGGAUAAGAUCUCUGAAUGACAACCCUUACUGCCCAAUUAGCCAACAUGAAUGAUUCUGUUCCGUGUGAUGCAGUUGGGAGGCGGAUCAUCUGUGAUGGAGAGAAGGGGACUGUGCUCUUUGUUGGGAACGUGCCCCCUACAGCAGGUGACCCAGUGCUUGUUUGACAACUUGUGUCUUUGGCUUGGUGUGGAAUGGGAUAACCCAGAACGAGGCAAACAUGACGGGAGCAACGAGGGAAUCCAGUAUUUCAAAAGCAGCCACCCUACCAGCGCAUCCUUUAUCCGCCCCAAGAAAGCCAACUUUGGAGUGCACUUCUUGACAGCAGUAAAAAGGCGUUACGAGCUAGAGGACAACCAGGACAAGACAGAGAAAUUUACUGUUGGCAAAACGGAAGUCCAAAUGGUGGGGUUUCAGUCUGUCUCGGAGAAACAGAGCCAGUUGCACAACCUUGAAGUGGUUUCCGUGAAAGGAAGUGAUGUGAGUUGUGCCGGUCAAGAUAAUGAAAUCCAACAGACAACUCCAAAUAUUGUAUUGUUAAAUUUGUCGGAGAACUUGCUGUCUUCGUGGGACCGGGUAGCUGAUAUUACACGGCAGCUUACGAAACUGAAAGCUCUUGAACUUCGUGGGAACAGACUCCGCAUCCCUGCAAAUCCCUCCUCACUAACCCAUGCUUUUGCCAAUCUGAAGGAGUUAGCACUAAACAAAACUGGGGUUAACUGGUCUGAGGUUCUGGAAUGUGCUCCUAUGUGGCCUGUCCUUGAAGAGCUGUAUCUUUCUGACAAUCGUAUUACUGACUUGCAAGAACCAGUAGCUGUUCUGCAGUCCUUGACCUUAUUAGAUUUAAGUAACAACCCAUUAUCAGAUGGAGAGCAGCUCAAAAAAAUUGGACACCUGCCAAGACUCAACAAACUUUUACUGACAAACACCAGGCUGCGUUCAGUGCAUUUUGAUGAUGUUGGGCCAGGCUGCAAAACAGCAAUGUUUCCAUCACUAGAGUUUUUAGCAGUUGACAACAACAGCAUUUCUCAGUGGUCCUUUGUGAACGAGCUGGAGAAGCUACAGAGUCUGCAGAAGCUGUCUUGCCUCAAUAACCCUCUGAUGUCAUCCGAGAGGAAUGCAGAGACAGCACAGCAGCUGAUCGUGGCGAAGAUAGGGAAUCUACAGGUCCUCAACAAGUCAAAUAUAUUGCCGGACGAGAGAAGAGGUGCGGAACUGGAUUAUCGUAAAAUAUUCGGAAAAGAGUGGCUAGAAGCUGGAGGGCAUCAGGACCCAGAGAAGAAUCGACCAAGUGAAGCCUUUACUGCCCAGCAUCCUAGAUACCAGAUCCUCAUUGAGAAAUACGGUGCUCCUGAAGAUGGUGAACUAAAAGAGCAGCAGCCGUUCGCAUUGAAAAACCAGCUGCUUACCAUAACCUUCAAAUGUCCAGAUAGAGAUGAAAAGAAGCAUAUUGAAAAGAAACUUCCAGGUUCCAUGACUAUUCAGAAGGUGAAAGGAUUGCUUUAUCGUCUAUUGAAGGUUCCAGGUUCUGAAUUGAAACUCACGUACACAAGCUCAAAGAUGGAAGGUAAAGAAAUUGAAAUAGAUAACGAUUUGAAGCCACUGCAGUUCUACUCCAUUGAAGAUGGGGACAGCGUGCUGGUGCGAUGGUCCUAAUGAUGGGACCAAUAAAACUGAAUCGAGCAUCUGCCAUUGUGGAAAUCAAAUCGGUCAGGGUCCUGUAUCGCAUCCUACCAUCAGAAAACAAAGACAUUGUACCGGUAACACACAGUGUUGCCUCAAAUCACAUGCUUGCCUUUUCACACCUUUUGGCAAAUUAGUAUUUAAAUUUAGAGAUUCAUGCAGCUCAAAGAGUAAGCUGCAUGUUGCUUGACUUGCAUUAUGCUACAGUGUGUUUAAACCUACACAUUCCUGCAAUUAUGUUUAAUAUUUUACACAGAUAUACUUUUUUGGGCUCCGUUUGCUAUAGUCAUAGCUUAUGGUGACUGUUCCCCCAGAGAUGAUUGUAGGGACAAAAGUUUCUUAACCCCUUGAAAUGUGCUUCCACUGCAGAUCCAAACAGUCAAAAAAAAAAAAACCUAUAGGGAGUAGUGUCAGGUAGAAGGCAUACAGUUGUACCGGGAUUACCUAUACCUCUAAUGCAUUGUGAGAGCGUAUGUCUUCAACCAACAAGCGACUGUCUCGAUACAAUGAAAAACCUUCAUGUGCUACUAUGCGUUUUAAAAUAUUAUAUUAUUGCAUUUAGGAAUUAAGACAAUGUGAUUGUAUUGUUGUUUUUUGCCUGUACAUUUUUUUUUUUUUAUGACAAACUUCUAAAAUGUUUAAAAACUGUAAACUGUUGGGGCACAACAUCUUUAAAUUUCUGUUAAUAUUUUAAGUGGUGGAAUACUUGUGCAUUGUAUUACCAAACUACUUCUAAGUCAUUAGGCAAAUAUGCUACAAAAAAAAGUUAAUUCCAGUUUUGUGAAAAAGACUGGUGUGCUUGCUGCAUGCAGUGGUUCCUAGCAGUUAAUUUCAGCAGGACACAGGUUUUAAGUCAGCACUGCUAUGGUACACAAAAAAUGGUAUGCAACAGCCACUAAAACUUCUAAUAGUCUGUGUGCACCUAAAACAACAAAAUUCAUUAAAGGAACCAUUAGGAACGAUACAGUCAUCCAGAUAUUUGAAACUUGCGCUGCACACUAACUGUUUAAAAUGUAAAUAAAUUGAAUAUCAUA